AUGUCCAAUGUCACUGCAAUAACCGGAUUCAUCCUUAUGGGGUUCUCUGAUAUCCAUGAACUAGAGACUCUAUGUGGAGUGACAUUUCUGUUAACAUACCUGCUGACACUAAUGAGUAACUUCCUCACCAUCACUCUUAUCACCCUGGAUCUAAAACUCCAAUCACCCAUGUACUUCUUCCUCAAGAACUUGUCCCUGUUGGACAUCUUUCUAGUAUCUGUCACAAUUCCAAAUUUCUUUGUCCAUAGUCUAACUUACAACAAUUCAAUUUCUACUCUUGGAUGUGCAUGUCAGGUAUUUUUUAUGGCCUCUUUUGGAUCAGGAGAAGUAUUUGUCCUGACUGUCAUGUCCUAUGACCGCUAUGUUGCUGUUUGUAGUCCCCUGCACUAUGAUGCCAUUAUGAAUAAUGUCACCUGCAUGCUGAUGAUGGGUGCAUCUUGGAGCACUGCAUUACUUCUUGGAGUCAUGUAUACAGCUGCCAUAUUUUCCAUGCCUUUCUGUGGUUCUAAUGUAAUCUCACAGAUUUUUUGUGAUGUUCCCUCAUUGCUAAGGAUUUUGUGCUCUAAAUCAUUCGCAGUCAUUUACACAAGUCUUGGAAUUGGUCUGUUUCUAGGUAUGUUUUGUUUUAUUUGUAUUGUGAUCUCUUACUUUUACAUUUUCUCCACUGUACUGAAGAUUCCUACCACUAAAGGUCAGUACAAAGCAUUUGCCACCUGUCUCCCCCAUCUCAUUGUUUUCACUGUUUACAUUGCUACAGCUUGCUUUGCCUACCUGAAGCCACCCUCAAACACAACAUCAAUUAUAGACAGGUUUUUUUCUAUGCUGCACACUGUGUUACCUCCAGCACUUAAUCCUGUGAUUUACAGCCUGAGAAACACUGAUGUUCAUAAUGCUCUGAAAAGGGUACUUCAAAAUUUUUACUAA